AUGUAAUUAAGAAGUAAAAAAAAUCAGUAAUAUAUCCGAAAGAAACUGAAAAAGCGUGGCAGUGAUUGAGCUGCGAAGUGAGACAAAAAGAAAUUUUGCGAGGAAGAAAAAGAAGAAUAUGCAAAGGUUUUGCUUAUUCUUCUUCUUCUUCUUAAAUGCUUUGAGGGAUUAAGCUUAUUCGAAAGGAAAAAGUAUCGUCGUCUUCCUUCGCUGCCUCAGAAAAGCUAAACGUUUCGUUCUGUGCUGUCUGCGUAUUGAUUUAUUGUAAUGGCGUUUGCUUUUUUUUCCGACGCUUGAUGGCCUUCUUCUCUGAAUCUGCUGUUGUAUAAGGCAAUAAUUGAAGUCCGGUCUUACUAUUGCAAGAAAUAUGGAUUUUGAGUCGAACAAGACAUGGAAAUCUAUGUCUGUGGUGCCACGUCUGUUGAAAAACAAAUCAGCCUCUCGUUGUUUUCUACCGAAGGUGAAGCCAGCUAGUUCUGAUCCAGGCUACACACCGGUCUAUCUGAAUGUAUAUGACCUAACGCCCAUGAAUGGCUAUUUUUACUGGGCAGGCCUUGGUAUCUAUCAUUCUGGUGUCGAAGUUCAUGGUGUGGAAUAUGCUUUUGGAGCUCAUGAUUAUCCGACCAGUGGUGUUUUUGAGGUUGAACCGCGGCAGUGUCCGGGCUUCAAGUUCAGGAAAUCAAUAUUCAUCGGGACCACUUCAUUGGACCCUCUCCAAGUAAGGGAGUUCAUGGAGUGCAAUUCGGCUAGGUUCAAAGGGGAUACAUAUCAUUUGAUCGUCAAGAACUGCAACCAUUUCUGCAAGGAUAUUUGUUACAGGCUGACUGGGAAACACAUUCCUAACUGGGUAAAUCGAUUGGCAAGAAUAGGUUCAAUGUGCAACUGCAUUCUUCCGGAAGCACUGAAGACAUCGGUUGUGAAGCAUGAUCCAAAUUAUCAACCAUACGAUAGCGAGAAGAGGAGGCUGAGGUGUGCCUUCAGUUGCCUAUCUUCGGUUUCAAUACGGCAGAAGUCUUCAGUACUUUUACAAUCACCCUUAAGAGGCUGUCUACCGCUGUGGGAACCAAAAAAAUCGAACAAACUUUUGUUGAAGGAAAGGUGAGAUAAGGGACUUACUUUGUUGAAAAAAUCAAACAACAUUCGGCGUCGAGGCUCCAUGAGCUUGACGAUUGCAGAUAUCUUAUUUUAGUGUAGACAUCUAUAGUUGUGGAGUAUUUUGUAAUGUCUGUAAGGAUAAACGUGUUGUUAAGAUCUGUUUUGAAGAUGGCUGAUCCACUUCUGUUCCAAAAGCCCUAUGUAUUAAUGCAAGUUUUCGAUGAUGAUAAUGACAUAGAUCAUCAACCAUUGAUUA